UUGAAUAGUUCUUCUAAAGUGAUUAUACUCCUAUAAAUCUACUAGAUUCUUGAUUAAACCUUUUUUAACUGAGUAUAUUUCUAUAUGAGUCAAUGACGUAUGGAUAUACGUCAAUGGAUUUUUCAGUUUCAGUCCUUAUUGGAUGAAUGAAUUUAUUUCUAUAUGAAUUUAUUUAUUUAUUUAUAUAUUUUUUAAAAAUGUUUGUUAGGAGAAAUCGAACUCGAGCAAAUAAAGUAGGCAAGGUUAUUUUUAGAACGAGAAAAAAAAAUCACAAAUAAUAAUAACAAGUUGGGACUUUUAUUGUGACGUGUAUACAGGAAACAUGACCCGGAAAUAAACUCAACACCACGUCCGGAUUCAGCAUCACGCACAUGACUAUACAGAGGAUAAUAGUUUGCUGAAAUGGGAGAUGAAGUGGAACUGAUUGUUGGAAGCUAUGAGCAGAUAGUGUUUGGGUAUCGAGUGUGUCCUGGAGAAGAGGAAUGGAGGUUGGAGCCGGUGUUCACGCACCACGCUCACGUAGCGUGCCUGUCCGCAGUGGCAGCCAACGAGCAGUUCGUGGCUACAGGAAGCAAAGAUGAAACCAUACAACUCUACAACAUGAAGACGAGAACGGAGCAUGGAGCGUUAUUACACCAUGGUGGUACUAUCUUGUGUCUGGAGUUUGGUUCUACAGCUCACCUACUGAGCGGUGGGGAAGACGGCCUUCUGUGUGUGUGGAGCACAAAGACAUGGGAAUGUUUGAAAUCCAUCACAGCGCACACGGGUCAUGUGACUUCUCUCUCACUGCAUCCAUCGGGGAAACUUGCGCUGUCUGUUGGAACGGACAGGAAGCUCAGAACCUGGAAUCUUAUCGAAGGAAGGCCGGCUUUCACCAAGAAUAUUAAACAAAAUGCACAGAUCGUGCGGUGGUCACCAGCAGGAGAUAAGUACGUCGUAGUUGUGAAUGAUCAAUUGGACAUCUACAACCUGGAGUCUGCCAGCAUAAUCAGCAGCUUCAGCUACAGGAAGAGGAUUUCAUGUGUCAGGUUUCUCAAGAACACACUGCUGGCCGUGGCAGGAGAUGAUGAACAUGUCCAGGUGUAUGAUCUCACUUCUGAAAAGUGCAUCUGUGAGUUUAAAGCUCAUGAAAACAGAGUAAAAGCACUGGACAGCUUUGAGAUGAACGACUUGUGUGUGUUGGUCACGGCGUCAAACGAUGGAUUCAUCAAGCUGUGGGACUUCAGUACAGAGAGGCAGGAAGCAGCGCGUCUGCUAGGACAGGUGAACACCACCGCUCGACUCACCUGUCUGUCUGUGUGGAGAAGCAGUGCGAAGGAAGGACAGUCGGACGCACAGCCUGCGACGUCUCAGAUUGAUAAGGAAGCUCUACUGCCGCCUAAAAACAAGAGAGUGAGGAUUAAUGUAGAGACGGUGGUUGUGGAAGAAGACACUCCAUCAAACAAACCGGGCAAAAAGAAGAAAAAACAGAAAGUGCAAUAAGCCAUGUUCAUUCACAUGGCUUGUUUGUUUAUUUCUGUGCAUUUUAAUGAACAGGUGUAACAUGUAUGUAUUGGAUGUAUAUGAACUCAAGAACUCGUCAUGAUUCUUUACGUUGUAGAAAACCCCACAUUUAAAAAGUGUAACCUUUUGAGGGUUGUUGUAUUUUUUCUUUUUUUCUUUUUGCAAGUUCAAGAUUUGUCCUUCUUGUCUGUGGAAAAAAAAAUCUUCUAUUUCAGUGUA